AAUAAUAUAAAUAAAUAACUUCAGUUAGAAAAUGUUCUACCUGGUUCUUUACAACUUUAUCUCACUGUUCUUGUGAUUCACGCUAGUUAUGAAAGUACUAAGUCAUUGAGUAGAGAAUGAGAUCAAUAUAUGGCAUUAUGACCAAUUCGGAAAAGCAUACUCUAUGGACAAGUACUGGUUUAUAGCUCUUGAAAUGAUCCAAUUCGUGGAUGUAAUUCAUCACAUAAAUGGCAUUUCAAAGCUAAGACCACAUGUUUUUAUGCACCAUCUCACUACAACUUGGAUGCUCUGGUUUGUAGUCGAAAUGAGUCCAAACCAUUACAUUAAUUUCUACUGGAUGGCUAUCAGAGUUAUUGAGAGAAUUAUCAAGCAUGUCUAUAAUGUGUAUAUUGCAAUGGGUCUCAGGUUCGAACUCGUCUGGCUCGACUACUUCAGAUUUUCCAGCUUCUACGUCCUCUACCCGCUAGAACUACUCUGCUCGUACGCAGUGAUCUACCACCUAUACCCAGACAUCAGAAAGCUGUUCGAAUACGACCUCGGCGGGUUCACACUGGACUACGGAGUCUGCAUAUUCAUGUACAUCGGAAUCAGCAUCCCCAACUUCUUGAACACCUUCCACUACCUCAACAACAAGAAGAAGCAACUAUUAGGACUGUACUCAGAGAAGGUCGCAAAGGAAGACUAAGAAACCAAAAAUCCACCUUCAAAAGACUCAAAAUCUUCA